CAGAGGGGGAGAAAGAGACGCCGAAGAGGGCAGAAACACAAGAGAGGGGCAAGUCUUUUUUUUCUACGACAGCUCGGGAAGAAACCAACUGUGUCGACUUGGUUGGGAUGGAGCUGAGCAUUUUCAUUCUGAGCCGUGAAAGCAGCCUUUUCGUGGCGUCCACCUAAAGUCGGGGGCAUUUAGCGCAGGGUCGGGGAGCAUUUUUCUGUUCGGUCCCGGGGGUUUGUGUUUGUAUGAAUCUGUUGCUAGCAGCGCUCCGAUGCUAUUUAGCCCCGCUGCUAAGCAGCUAGCCAAGACUGCGAGUCAAUUGUGUCGGAGAUUUCUUCAUUACAUUUAAAAAUAGUUACACUAAUUUAACACUCUCGGGAAUAAUUUCUUCCGUUGAGUUGUGCAUUUCCCUAAGUGACGAGACGUUAAAAAGCCCACGGUAGAGUUUCAAUUUCUAUUUAUUUUCAACAGGGAGUUUUUUUCCCUCUCCAUUAGCUUGUUAGCCGCUCUGGUUGGUUUAGUCCAGCUUGUUAGUAGUGUCGCUCCAUACACAGAGAUUUCUGUCACCCAGAACAGCCCACUGACAAAAACAGCGCCGAGUGUGUUUUUUCCCCCUCUUUUUAUGUGCAUGUGAACAUUUAAUGAUUUUAUUGCAGGCUGUAAGUUGUUUAAGGAGCCGAUGCGCUGUUUGGAUGAGAUGCCGCGCGUGUGAUACUUCAUGUUUCCAGGGACGCUUUUAUUUUCCUGUUAGAUCGCUUCGGUGGGGGUUUAUGUUUUUGCACGACUGCUGGUUUUAAGUACUAAAUUUUCCCAGGUGUUGCAUGUGGUCUGAUCCCUUUUUGUUGCAUAGAUCCAUGCAAACUGGUCAUCCGCGUAUGAACAACAUUGACGCGUCAUUUUAGUGAAGGGACAUUUCAGAUUCCGAUCCUGUUUUCAUUGUUUUCACAUAGUCUUUCGUUUGGCUCCACGUUUUAUAUUCGCGUUGGUGGCGGUGUAUGAUCACGAAGGCUGAUCGUUGCACGCCUCUUGAACGUUUUCGUUGGUUUCGCGGUGUGGAAACGGCGAGAUUUUGGCUUUAAGUAUUAUGGAUGAACAGACCCGAAUGCUGGCUAGCAUGGGCGGACUCGGCGGACUGUCUCAAUCCGACGUGGGUGACCCCGAUUCGGUUCGGAAGCAGCAAUCCCUCGGUCAGCCGCAGCAAGACAUUGGGGAUAUUCUCCAGCAGAUCAUGGCCAUCACCGAUGAGAGCCUGGACGAAGCCCAGGCGAGAUGCUGGCCAGAGGAGGCACCGGCGCAGUGGACCCCACAGAGGGAGGGGGAGCUGGGGGGGAGCACAGCAGGGUGUGCCCUGCCGCUCAACUUCCAGCACAGGAAACAUGCCUUGAACUGCCACAGAAUGAAGCCAGCUCUCUUCAGUGUUUUAUGCGAGAUCAAAGAAAAAACAGUGCUGAGCAUUAGAGGUGUCCAGGAGGAGGAUCCCCCUGAUCCCCAGAUCAUGCGUCUGGAUAACAUGCUGCUGGCUGAGGGCGUGUCUGGACCUGAAAAGGGCGGUGGCUCUGCAGCAGCGGCCGCAGCUGCAGCGGCGGCUGGGGGAUCGCCCAACGAUGGCAGCAUCGAACACUCCGACUACAGAGCCAAACUCGCACAGAUUCGCCAGAUCUACCACUCUGAACUAGAGAAAUAUGAACAGGCUUGCAGUGAGUUCACCAAUCAUGUGAUGAACCUGCUGAGGGAGCAGUCCCGUACGCGGCCCAUCUCACCCAAAGAGAUCGAACGCAUGGUGGCCAUCAUCCACCGCAAGUUUAGCUCCAUCCAGAUGCAGCUCAAGCAGAGCACCUGUGAGGCUGUCAUGAUCCUGCGCUCCCGAUUCCUCGAUGCCAGACGUAAGAGACGCAACUUCAAUAAGCAAGCAACAGAGGUGCUGAAUGAGUAUUUCUACUCUCACCUCUCCAACCCUUACCCCAGUGAGGAAGCCAAGGAAGAGUUGGCCAAGAAGUGUGGGAUCACUGUCUCUCAGGUCUCGAAUUGGUUUGGCAACAAGAGAAUUCGAUACAAGAAGAACAUUGGUAAGUUCCAGGAGGAAGCAAACCUGUACGCCGUUAAAACAGCAGUGGACGCUGCCAAUGUGUCAGCACAAGCCAGCCAGGCAAACUCCCCAGCAACACCCAACUCAGGUGGAUAUCCUGCACCAUGCUACACACCUGACGGCAGGCUAUGAAGAUAUGUCAGGAAGUCCUCUUUACACCCCACACCAUCUAGACGCUAACAACAGCUGGCAAGACAACACCAACCCCUCUUCCGUCACCUCUCCACGAGGACCACCUGGCAGCAUCCAUUCAGACACCUCCAGCUAAUGCAGCUCACACUACUCCACAUACAUUCACUGAUAUACACACACACACACACACAGAAUCUUAUCAUCCAGUCUCUUCCCUGUUCUCCCUCUCACAGCAUUCAUCCUUCAAACUAGCAUAUGUCAAAGUUCUUCCAUAGUCCUCAUUCCCACUUUCUCUUGGUGUGCCAGGGUUCUCACUCUGAACCAGACUGAUUGAAAUGCACACACGCCCACUCCCAUGCACACACGCUCGCUCCUCUCGAGCAAAAGAUGCGGCAAGUUUUGCGGCAGCUGAAUGACUUCAGUGUCUGAUUACAUGACUGAAGCUCUCGCUGAAUAUGAGUGACAGAUGACGCUGAAUAAAAGACGUCCUCACCAGCGUUGUUCUGUGGAAAACACAGGGUUAACACUCUACUCCCAACUCCAUGCCAACAUUCCUUUUCUGACCUGUCAUAAUGGAGAUUACACAACCCUCCUUGCUUGUACCAAAGUGCUGUCAAUGGUUGUCGCACCUUCCGCUCGUCGAAGAACAACCUCAGACAACUGAACCGUAAAGACGCCAUGCAAAUCUUCUUUAGUCCACUUGUGCAUUUUUAAUAUCAUUAUCGAUCAGUUCUGUGCUCUUUGUUACUGCUUCAGUAUGGAAAAUGAUGUAUUAAUGACUACAAGCAUUUAUUCUCACAGACCAAGCUGUCCUCCAUUGUUCAACGUUGUGUUAAGCACAAAAUCGUAUCAAAAAAACUUUUACCUGGUGGUUGGAUAGAGAAGAAUCCAUCUGCGUGAAGGUACACGGGAAAUUGAACAGUAUAAAUUGAUCACAGAACAGUUUGCCGUGAAAGAUGACAGAUCUGCAGUUGAGGAAUGAGUGGGGGGGAAAAGAGUUUUUGAUCUGCGGUCAAUGGCUACAUUUUUCUUCAACCCCACUUAGUCUCUUUGACCUUUUUUAAUAGUUUAGUUAAUUGUAUUUUUCCUGCAGCUUCCCCACCCCACACGAAGAAUGCACCAGCCACCAAAUAAAAGACACUAGACUUAACAAAAACUUGACCUUGUGUUAGAAAGGGGUUGGAGGGAUACGUGGAGUAUUAGUUUGGGCUGGGAAGAGGGUGGGUAUUAGAAAUAUUUUUAAAGGUAAAGAAAAAAGAUAUUCCACUGUCUUCCAUGCAUGUAGGGUGUUGAGAUGUUUUCGUGGUUCCGUUUAGCCUGUCGGUUUAACUUUUUUAACAAAAAAUAUUAUUAAAGGGAGAGGGUAUUAUUAACAGACCAAAUAAAUAAAUGAAAACGAAAGUAUACCCAUGACGCACGUUAUACUGCCCAAUGCGGUGCUGUGGGCUGGUGUUUCUGUGGUAUUUUGUCACAUGUUUUCUUAACAGGUAGCCAUGCAAUUUCACUUGACACACUGACCACAACAUGUAUCUGAAAAUGUUUUUGAGGAGGCCAUAGCAGCCUGGCUUCAAUUGAAACCUGUAUUGCUCCGAACCAAUAUUCUUGACUAUGAGAAUUGUUCUCUGAAACGUGGAAGUGAAUUGUGCUAGUUACAUUUAUCAAGGAAUUGUUUUAAUUUGCCGUCUGUCCUUUGGCCUCUCAUGUUACUAUGAUGUGUCUGUAUGGGUGUCUUUUUUUAUAAGGGUUGGGUUGUCUUGUCACUCACUUUGCUGUGCUUUUGAACUGAUUGUAUUGUAUGUGCAAUUGAAAGCACCUGUUCCUUGGGAAAAGCAUGCUGUCCUUUUAUGUUGCCUACUAUUUCUCAAAACAAAGGAACUCUCGUUUUUAUUUUUAUUUCAAAAUCCGUUAACAUAGCCAAGCAACAAGGGCUUUUCUCUUUUCAAAUUUAACCAAAAAUAAGCACUGGAUGUGUUGUGAUUUUAAACAGACAGACUAAACUUAAGACUGAGGAACUUCAAAUGAAUUUCUAUUUACUUUUUCCAGACAAGUUAUUUGUAUUCCGGAACAAUGUUUUUUGUGUUUUGCUUUCUUUUUCCCCAACUUUACCUUUAGUUGUGGAAGCACCAGGGCGUUUUGAUAUAUGAAUGGGAAUUCUAUAUAUGAAACAAAGGACUUAAUAACUUUGAAAUGUAAAUUGGGGUUUUGUUCAUAUGUACACAUCGAGAAACAAACUCUGAGGAGCUUUUCAAUGUAUUAUUCAGAUCAUUGUGUCUUCUAUAGAUUACUGUUAGUUAUGAACAUUUCAUAUGGAUAUCUCUAACUAAUGCUAUUACUACACCAAAUUUCAUUAUAUGUUUUCUUUUUCUAUCAGUCAUCUAUGGAUGUCACUGUACAGAUUGUGGAAUGUUUCAGUGUAUUCCUCUUUGUAUGCCUAUUAUUAUUUUUUCUUUUUAUCGCUGGGGGUUUUGGAUUUACCCGUGAGCAAGAGUAAUAGUUGUUAGUCUUUGUAAUAUUCAUUUUAGCAUUUUCAGUUAGAUUUUUAUUUCUUUCAAUUUUGAGUCUCCAGUGUUAUUUUGUGUGGUUUUGCCAGAACUGGUAACAUUUGUUUGUGGUGCUAUGAAAGUUCACUCUGUUUAUUACACUACGAAUUGUCAGCUCUGAAGAUUAUGAAAUAAAAUGCAUCCUAGUAAUUGCACAUGCUAGUGAUUGCUAACAGAAAAAUGAUAUUAUUCAUCACUUCAUCACUGGCUAUUGGAGUUCUGUAAUGUAAUAGAAUUAUAGUCUGAGGUGGAUUCCACAGCACCAAAUCAAAUGAUAUCAGUGCUUUCUUUUUUUCCUCAAUUUGUAUAAUUAUUUUACUAGAAUUGUAGUACAUGCUUCCUUCUGUAUUCACUGUUCUCUUCCUCUUCUCUACCUCUCCUCUCUCCAUUUCACUUGUAUAUAAACCCCACCAUUUUCAGACUUGGUAGUCUGUAUAAACUCCUUUUAUACCUCAACUUUAGAACUGUUCUAGUGAGAGAGAAAAAAAAAGAAAUAUGAGAAAAUUGUAGUGUUCCUUAUUAGAAAAACAAAAACUAAUAAAAUAAUCUAGUGUGCUUUUGA